AUGGCGUUGGCAGUGCUACAGGCCGCGCAGGAGUUUGCGUUCUUAUCGCCGUCGUUCGAUCAGCAGAUCACACCAGGACAAGCCGUGACGGUCUUCCAAGGGCCGGAUAGCAGUGACGGGUACGAGACGCAGAUCCUUGCUGCGAACGCAACCCAAGACACGAACACCGUAGAAUGGAUAGCGAGCUCGGCGCCCGGCAAUGAUUUCAGCAUACCGUUUCUGUUCCGGUUGCAAAAGGGUGACCUGCCGAACGAUUGUGCGCUUUGUACUUCGAUAAGCUCUGCGUUCCAGGUGGUAGAUCCGAACGCUUCAGUCCCAGAUACAACAAGCCCGUCGGGGACGCCUACUGAGACGGCCGAGAUGAUGCCCACUGCUACAACGCCCAUCGCUGAAGCAACGACCAGCCCAAGCACCGACUCUGCUAGCGAUAGCACGAUGGCAAUGGCGACAAGCACGGAAGAAGGCUCAUCAGCUACAUCAGCCACAGAGUCAACGGCAACACCAACAGAAUCAAGCACAGAUACAGCCGCCGCAGCUACCGCCACAUCAUCCUCAGAGUCCACAGCGGCACCCAUGAAAUCAACCCCAGCAUCCGAAUCAACCCCAGCAGCCACCUCCUCCUCCACCUCCCCCACCGCCGCCGGCGCAAGCGCCAUCCCCACCUCAUCCACAGAAUUCCAAAACGUAACCGAACAAAACUGGCAAGCGCCCUCGAAAGAAACCCUAGCCCUGGGUCUCGGGAUCGGAAUCCCCAUCGGCCUCUCCGCCAUCGGCAUGAUCGCCUUCCUCCUAUGGGAUGAGAAGCGCAAGCAGAAACAGCAUCGGGCGAGGUGGGAUGUGAUGAACAGCGACGAGGAGAAGUAG